AUGAGCGAUUUCACUUGUCUUAAUUUCGUAGGCAUUACGGGUGGCGAUGAUCUUAAUUUGGAGGUGGUGAAAACUAAGUUGAAAGAAUGCGCCAUAGUAUUGACACGUGUACUGUGGAAAGUGCCGUUGGUCAAGGUUAACGAUCGCGAAAGAUUGAGAUUGUUGAAAAUCAUCGAUAGUAAAAAAAUGAUUAGUUGCGCGUUCCGAAACUGGGAACUCUGCGAGUAUCCUAAUAUUCCACAGUCGAAAAAACACUCGUGGAUGGUCAAGACUUGUUCGCAUGUGGAAAAACCUAGAUGUUUAAUAAUUGCGUUUCUCACAAAUAUCAUGGGCAGCGUUUCCGUUAGUGAUUCCGCUUCCGAUUACGACACUUGUUCGCUGACAAACGUCAAAGCAUACAUAAAUUCGACAGAAUACCCGUACGAGAACUUUAGCGAGAGCUUUGAUAAAAAUAUGUUUACAGUGUUUUAUCAGAACUAUGUGGAUUUUCAAAAAUAUUAUUACGAACGUUUGAACGCGCACCCGUGUCUUAGUAGGGAAAAGUUUAAAAAAUUGGGACCGUUUAUCUGUAUUAAUUGUUUACGGCAAAAUGACUAUGUUAAAACGUUUAGCGUCGAUUUGAGAAUUGAAUUUGAGAGCGAGAGUAAUUUUCCAGCAAACACUGCAGCCUACUGCUUGGUCAUACAUGAUCGAGUCAUUCAAUACAACCCGUUUACCGUUGAAGUCAGAAAAAUCUAA